CACCGAUGCCUCGAAAUUAGUUUCAAAUGGUAACACUGGUGCUGCUUUCUAUCACCCAAACGCAAAUCAUAACAAAUUGCACAAACUACCCCCAGAAACCUCAGUAUUCACGGGCGAGUGUAUUGCAUUGAUAAGCUGUCUAAAGUUUAUCAUGCAGCAUUCAAUUAACUACUCCGCGAUAUUCAGUGAUUGUUCUAGUGCUAUUCAAGCCAUUUCAAAGAACCCGAUAAAGAAUUGUUUAGAAAAUCCGCUCGUUUGUGUAAUCAAAAACCUGUUGUUCACCUGUCAUCAAAACAACAUUAAAGUUGAAAUAGUUUGGAUCCCUUCACAUACAGGAAUUCUUGGGAAUGAAACUGUAGAUCAAAUGGCUAAAGAAGCAACACAUAGUGGUGAUAGUGAGUACUACGCGAAUUUGAUGCACAAGCGCUUACGACACACAAUCGUGCCGACUGACUUUUAACGGUGAGUUUAUGAAUGUAUUUCCAAGUCUAAUAGUAGACAAACGCAGCCUGUAUACUCAAUAUAUUUGAUUGACUACUGCUGACCGUUUUUAGAACUAAAUUCAGUCUCGUAAUGUGCAUUGGUAGAUACCACUAAACUCUUCCUGCUGCUAUUUAAAUUAUGUCUUUGUUCUGAAUCUGAUAAUUUUUGUCUGUCUGUUUGUUCCGGCUAAUCUCUGGGACGGCUGGACCGAUUUUGACAAGACUUUCACUGAUAGGUAGCUGAUGAUAUAAGAAGUAACUUAUGCUACUUUUUUCGACUAGCUUCGCCCCGCCGCGUCAAUAACCACGGGUAGCAUCGUGGGACUCUGCUAUCAAUAAUAAAAUUUAGUUUCCGAAGUGAAGCGAGUGUGGGUCGCUAGCAGUGGCGUAGCUACCUAGGGGCUAGGCAGGGCAGUGCCCCGGGGCCCUCAAGCUCAGAGGGCCCUCGAAUCCUUACCAGAAAUGUCGAUCGAACUAACUUUUGGAAAUUUCUCCUACCGUAAAACGGGGUGAAUAAAAGCGCAGGGGUCAAUAGAUACAAAACUAAAAAAAAAAUUCUGCAGACUAUAGCCAAAUAUUUUGAAAGAAAAACGUUCUGAAAUGUAUGUUUUUUUAAAACUGCAACAUUAUUUUUCUUGAAAUAGCAACACUGGAUUGACGUGCGGUUUGUCCAACUUAAUAAAAAAAGAUCUUGCAGUGAGCCCUUUGAAUGCAGGUUAAACGGGGUCCUUUAAAGUUUACUAUUUUCAUAGUGAAAGGAACUGUUUUGAGCCAUCACAAUUUGUCAAUGUAUUCGUUGGUUCCUUGUCACCCAAAUUAAUACAAAGGUAAGUGCGUUUAUGUUGUAAAUUUCGAAAUAUUUGUAAAAUUGUAAACUAAGCCAUUUUUUACUUGUGAUUGAGGUUAAUAGAUACGGGGAAGGGGCUAAUAGAUACGUAGUAUGGGGAGAAUAGAUACGUAUUAUGGGUUCAAUAGACACGUGAAUGGGCUCAAUAGAAACGAGUAAGAGGUGAUUAGAAAAAUAUGUGUUAGGGCUGCUACAUAUUAGAAUAUUACUUUCUUUUGUCAGAAAGCCCGAGGGAGCUACUAGGUAGUAUUAAAUUACAAACUUCCAAAUCGGGAUUUAAAUCGUAGUUUUAUGUUUACAGUGUUACUAAAUAUGUAGGUAGAUAAAUAUUGUCAUCGCUUGUAUAAAUAUUUGCUUCUGCUAUAGGUACAAAUCGUUAUGCCGCGUGUUUAUAAACCUGAUCCUAGAGGGAAAAGAUAUAGAAAGUACGAUGAAAAUAUUAUAAAUGAAGCUGUUGCCGCAUAUGCGAAUGGCAAAUUCUCUUUAAAGGCCAUAGCAGAGAAAUAUGAUAUUGAUAAAUCUGUACUUUAUAGACACAGUGUCAAAACUAUGAAAAAACAAGGAGGGCAAACUAUUUUAACUAACGAGACUGAAGAAUGCAUGAUAAAGUAUAUCAAUAUAUGUGCAGAAUGGGGAUGCCCUUUAGAUGCUUUAGAUUUGAGAUACAUUGUUAAGACUUAUCUUGACCAAGUGGGUCGGACAGUACUCAAAUUUAAAAAUAAUUUACCAGGCCCCGACUUUGUCGCGAGUUUUCUAAAACGUCACAAAAACCAAAUUUCCCAAAGAUAUAGCCAAAACAUUAAGAAAAAAAGGGCAGAAGUUUCACCAAACUUGAUUAAAGAAUAUUUCAAAGAGUUAGAAGUGUCAUUGGCAGGUAUUAAUCCGAGUUCUAUAAUUAAUUACGAUGAAACUAAUUUGACUGAUGACCCAGGACGCAAAAAAAUCAUUACUAAACGAGGAACGAAGUACCCAGAGAGGGUAAUGAAUAGUUCAAAGUCUUCAGUUUCAUUGAUGAUAGCCGCUACAGCUGACGGCACUUUACUCCCGCCGUAUGUGGUAUACAAGGCUCAAAACUUGUAUAACACAUGGACUGAAAAUGGACCACCAGGAGCAAGGUAUAAUCGUACGCAAUCCGGUUGGUUUGAUGCAACCAUUUUUGAAGAUUGGAUUAAAUCCAUCAUUAUACCUCACUUCAAAGAUAAAGUUGGGAAAAAGUGCCUAAUAGGCGAUAAUCUCUCGUCGCAUUUAUCGAUUGAGACAAUAAAACUGUGCCACGAACAAAAUAUAUCGUUCAUUUUUUUACCGGCAAAUAGUACACACCUCACACAACCUCUUGAUGUAGCAUUCUUCAGGCCUAUGAAGAUAGCAUGGCGAAACGUAGUAUUGAAGUGGAAAAAAACCGAUGGGAAAGCCCAAUCAACGAUUCCAAAGGGAUGUUUUCCUAGACUUUUAAAUAAAUUAAUGGAAGAGCUUCGUAACAACAGUAAGGCUAAUAUAAUAGCAGGAUUCCGGAAAACAGGAAUAUACCCGAUUAAUGAAGAAGAGGUUUUAAGCAGACUACCUGAAGUUCAAAACAAUGAAAAGAAAACUGAAAUAGAAAAAUCCGUUCUAGAUUUGCUCAGGGAGAUGAGAUAUGGAACCAUGAACAUAACCGAACCAAAAAGGAAAAAAAAGUUGAUAGUAAUACCUGGACGAAGCGUUGGUUCUGAAAGUGAAGACUACAUAGAAACAGAACAAGAAGAAAGCCAACAAAAACCAAAAAAGGCAGAUCUGAGAUCCAAAAUAACACAAAACAAAGAAAAUACUACAACUAAUACUUACGAUGGCAAAGAAAACAAUAAAUAUAAGGGAAAAGGUGUAGGGAAAAAAACUAAAACACAAGAUCAGAAUAUUGCUGAAAAAGAAAAUAAACAAGAAAACGGACCAGACACUGAAAAAAUACUACUUGACGCAAUAAAUGACUUUGAUUUUGUAGCGAACAAUUCAAUAGAAACAAUGCCUAUUAUGUUGGAAGACAUGUUGCUGUGUGAAAAUGAAAUUGUUUUUCAUGACAUACAAAUAAAUGAGAUGCAGAAUGAUACCGGAAUAGAAAUGACGUAUAAACAAAAAAAUUCACCGGAAAAAAAUAAAAGAAAACUGAAAAUUAUAUCUAAUGAAAAGAUAUCAGAUAUUACUACGAUGAAAAAGGUUACUUUGAAUAAGUGCAAAAAAAUAUAUCCCAAUUCGCGUCUUAAAAUUUUAAAGGAUACAAUAACUGAUAAUGUUAAUCGUCCUGGUCCAAGCAGUUUACAAACUAUCCAAACUCAGCGACCAUCGUUUUACAAAAACGAUAAUGAUAUUUUGAAAGAUUUAAUGGAUGACGAUAUAUAAUACGUGACAGUAUUAGAUAGUGAUUGAGUGACUAUAUCAAAUCUGUCCUCUUGUUAAAAAGUGUAACUCAUUGAUUUAGUACCUAGUUUUAAAUGUUGAUUACUGAAAAGUUAAUUAUUUAAAAUGUUAACUAUGUAUCUACCUAAUAAUGAGACUGUUUCUUAGAAUUAUAGCUUGUUUUUUGUGCAAUUAAUACACGAUGCUACUGAUUGAUCUCGAAUAUAAGAAUAAAUAAUUGAUCUCAUCGACAAGAAUUAAAGAUUGAAAAGUUUUAUAUUUUUA